AUGAACUGGAAUAACAUUAUCCAGACAACAGUCUUUCUUUCACUUACUGGACCUGGAAUUGUAGGAAACAUCCUAGUAUUUGUGAGACAUGUAUACACAUAUGCUUUGGGGACUGAAAAAAAGCCUGUGGACCUUAUUCUCAUCCACUUGACAUUUUCUAAUAUGAUCAUUAUUUGUAGCACAGUGAUCAGAGAUGUAGCCACAGUGUUUUAUUUUAGAAACUUCCUAGGAGAUAUUGGUUGUAAAGCUGUGGUUUAUCUGGCAAGGAUGGCUCGGGGCCUUUCCAUCUGCACCACCUGUCUCCUCAGUGUGGUCCAGGCUGUCACCAUCAGUCCCAGGACCACCAUUUGGAGAAAUCUCAAACCACAGACCUCAUGGCAAGUUCUUACCUAUGUCUUUCUCUUUUGGAUCUUUAAUGUUCUCACGAGUAUCAACUUGUUGUACUAUAUAACAGGAGGCAGUGGCAUGAACAGAUCUGCAACUGCAGGGUAUAUUGGGCAUUGUUAUAUGUUGCCUUCCAGGCACAUAGUCAAGUGGCUCUUCCUUUCACUCAUGAGUGUUCGUGAUCUCAUCUUUCAGAGUCUCAUGGGCUGGAGCAGUGGAUACAUUUCUUUUCACCUGUAUAAACAUCACAAGCGUGUCUUCUACCUUCAUAGCUACAGGUUUGUAAAUAGUUUCAGUCCAGAGAUCAGAGCUGCACAGAGUGUCCUUGUUCUCAUGAUCUGUUUCCUCUUCUUUUAUUGGACAGACUUCAUUUUCUCGUUUUACACAGGUUCCAUGGUAUCACAUGAUUCCAUUAUACUAAAUAUUAAAACAUGUCUAGUACUUGGUUAUGCUGUUCUCAGCCCCUUUGUCUUGAUGAGAAGAGAUGCCCCUGUUGCUAAAUCCUUGAGUUCUCACUGA